GGUCAAGUUGACAUUGACAUUCGACAAUGACGUUGACGUUGAUGUGUGACAUUGAUGAAAAUUGAAAACUUGGAAAACUACAAAAUAGAAAAUUGGUGUUAUUGUUUUUCUGGGAAUAGAUAUCUCAUUUAGUUCCAACAUGUAUUAGUAUUACGAAAAAAUCUAAAUGAAACGCGCAUUUUGCGUAUUAGCCACUGGAGUCAACGAAAACAAGUUAUCAGCAUCCAACAUGGCAAAGAUGGUAGAUUUCAAGCAGUGGAAGUUCCGAUCACCGCCGAACUACGCAGAGCUGCCGAUUGAUGACAACCUAAAUUAUAAAGAGCCAGUUGCUGUCAAAAAUGCUGUAUUCUCCAAGGUACCCACAGAACCUCUAAUUGGCAAGCUGCAUCUUGUGUGUGCCUCAGAAGAGGCAUUGUUAGAUAUCAUGGACUUGGAUCCCAAGGUGGCGGAGACAGAUGAGUUUGUAGACUUCCUAGCAGGGAAAUACUUGCCUGAAGGAAGCCUGAGUGUUUCUCACAGGUAUGGCGGUUACCAGUUUGGUUACUGGGCUGACCAGCUGGGUGAUGGAAGAGCUCACAUUCUUGGUGAAUAUGUUAAUAGUAAAGGCGAGUCGUGGCAACUCCAGCUCAAGGGGUCUGGUGAGACACCGUACUCGCGCUUUGGCGACGGGCGCGCCGUGCUGCGCUCCUCCGUGCGGGAGAUGUUAGCCAGCGAGGCGUGCUACCACCUGGGCAUACCCACCACCAGGGCCGUCGGGUUGGUGGUCAGCGACGAGCACAAAGUGUGGCGCGACAAGAGCUACAGCGGCGCGGCGCGCCAGGAGCGAGCCGCCGUCGUGCUGCGCGCCGCCGCCGCCUGGUACCGCCUCGGUUCCUUCGAGAUACUGCUCAAGAGGAAGGAGCCGCAGCUGGCCGCGCGCCUGGCCGACUUCAUCAUUGAGCACCACUUCCCACACAUUGACAUGGCCGACGAAGAUAAAUAUGUCAAAUGGUAUUCUGAAGUGGCUCACAAGAACUUGGACAUGGUUGCUACCUGGCAAGGUCUGGGCUUCACGCACGGCGUCCUCAACACAGACAACAUCAGCAUCCUCGGCGUGACCAUAGACUACGGGCCGUACGGGUUCGUGGAGCACUACUCCGAGCACUACGUGCCCAACUCCUCCGACGACAUGGGCAGAUACGCGUUCAACAAGCAACCCGACAUACUAUUAUGGAACUUGGAGAAAUUCGCGGAAGCUCUGCAACCAAUAUUAUCAGAGCUGGACAAAGUGAAAAUAAAAGCCAUCCUUGACUCGCUCGAUGAGUAUGUGGACAACAAAAUUGUAACAACAUACAUCACCAAACUUGGCCUUGAACAAAUCCAAGAUGGCGACGAACUGUUAGUGAAGGAGUUGCUGGACAUGAUGGAGAGCACGUCGUCUGAUUUCACUUGCACAUUCCGACAGUUGGCCGAGGUGGAUAUAGAAGAGUUACAAAACCCCGAUGCAUUGGAGUCCAAGUGGGCUCUGGCCAAAGUGAGCAAGGCGAGGAAUUGGCUCAAGUGGCUCCAAAAAUACACUGAUAGGCUGCAGAAGGAAAAUGUGAGCGAGCCCACUCGGCGCCAGCGCGCGACGCGCGUGAACCCGCUGUACGUGCCAAGAAACUGGAUGAUGCAGGAGGCCAUCGCUGAUGCUGAGAAAAACGACUUUUAUAAGGUGAGGUUGCUGCUAAAGAUCUUCCGAGACCCCUUCACAGUGAAUGAGGAGGCAGAGAAACUUGGCUACUCCUCACAACCACCGAGCUGGUCGUACGGGCUCAAACUGAGUUGCUCCAGUUAAAUAUAAUAUAAGAAUUCUGUUGUAAGGUUAAUGUGAUAUAGAAGAUAAGGAGCAUGUAGAUCUGGGUAAAGCAGGAGAGGCUGGACAUGGAUUAUACAUAUAUUCAUUACAUUAUUUAACUAACAUAAUAUGCAGGCCCCAGGCUAAUGCAUUUGAAUUUAUUAAAUAUAAAUUAUUAUUUAUUGUCAAAUUAUUAUUUAAUGAAAUGAAUACCUAAUCCUUUAUUUGACAUGAUUUGACAUUUUCUUUACUGAAGUGAAAAAGGAGGUUCAUCUAUGUAUGUAUUUUUUCAUGUUGCUGAUAUGUGCCAAGCUUAACACAAUGAGAUAUCAUCAAUGUGUUAAGCUGCCUGUAGUAAGUAUAUACAUUUUAAAUACAUACUUAAUUUAAUUUUUUUAAUACAUAUGUAAUUUAUUUUUCAUUUAGUAAAUAAAACUGUCUCUGAUAUUUUUAUUUUAAGUUUGUCCUUUUGGCAGUAUACAAUUCUAUGUUGUUUCUCAUGACUAUUGGAAUCCAGUCUUUACUAUGUAUGUAACUAAAGGCACCACACAUUUAUAUCUUGCUUUGGGAUGUCCAAUACUUUGUAUAUAUUUUUUUAUCUUAACUUAAAUAUUCUAUUUAAAUUUCUGUCAUUAAGUUGGUUAAACAUAUUGCAAUUAAGUUGGUGAUAGUAGUAAAAUUCCAGUUGUUAUGUUUUUGUAUAAAUUAUUAAAUAUUAAUAUAUUUUUUCUUAAU